CCGUGUUGUAGAAUGGAUUUGCUAACCACUAUUGCCGCGUACUACACAAAGACUAUUCUUUAACCCAAAAACCCCACACUUUCCCCUUUUUUUUUUUCAUUCAAUAAAUCCAAAAUAUUGUUAAUAGAGAAGAAGAAAAAUUCAAUCGCCGAUCGAUCGGUUAAGAUGAAUUUCCUAUUCGGCAAGAGAAAAACUCCGGCAGAGCUCCUGCGUGAAAACAAGCGUAUGCUUGAUAAAUCUAUCCGAGAAAUAGAAAGGGAGAGACAGGGUUUACAAACACAAGAGAAGAAACUAAUUGCAGAGAUAAAGAAAAGUGCAAAGCAAGGGCAGAUGGGCGCUGUGAAGGUGAUGGCAAAAGAUCUUAUCAGGACAAGGCAUCAGAUUGAAAAAUUUUACAAGCUUAAGUCCCAACUUCAAGGUGUCUCCCUCAGAAUUCAGACUUUGAAAUCAACACAAGCAAUGGGUGAAGCAAUGAAAGGUGUUACAAAGGCAAUGGGACAGAUGAACAGGCAGAUGAACUUGCCGGCACUGCAGAGAAUAAUGCAAGAAUUUGAGAUGCAAAAUGAAAAGAUGGAGAUGGUGAGUGACGUGAUGGGAGAUGCCAUUGAUGAUGCCUUGGAAGGGGAUGAGGAAGAAGAAGAAACUGAAGAGUUGGUGAGCCAGGUCCUAGAUGAGAUUGGAAUUAAUAUCAACAAUGAGCUUGUCAAUGCUCCUUCCUCCGCGGUGGCUGCUCCAGCAGCGAAAAGCAAGGUUGCACAAGCUGAGGCAACUGACAAUGAUGAUGGCGGGAUAGACAGUGAUCUGCAAGCAAGGUUAGACAAUUUGAGGAAAAUGUAAAUUGUUUGUAGAAUGAAUUGGAAACUUUAUACGGUCUUGUAAUAUUUGUGAAAAUUCUGGAAUUGAUGAUCAGGCAUUGUGUCUGUCAUUGCAACACAUAGCAUGCCCUAUGCUUUCUGUUUAUUCUUGAAUCCAUUAGUAUUAUAUAAUACAUUGUUAACACGAA